AUGGGUGUGUUGUUUCAGGACUCCGUGACCUUCACAGACGUGGCCGUGAAUUUCACCAGGGAGGAGUGGGCCCUGCUGGACUCUGCGCAGAGAAUUCUCUACAGAGACGUGAUGUUGGAAAACUGCAGGAACCUGGCCUCUGUGGAUUUGGUGACUCAACAUAAAAUGAAAAACUCAACCCCUCAGCAGGACAUUCUUGCCAAAAAGACACCUGAUGAAGCAAACAGAGUGUGUGCCGUGAGCCACAGUUCCCAGCCCUCCCCACUGGGGGAAGACUGGAAAAAAUGCCACAAAACAGACCAGCCACCCAAGCAAAGGGAGCAGAAUUUGAAGCGAGUUGCCGCUGUGCGCGAGAAGGACGAGUCUCCGGUUAUGAUCUGUGAGUAUCACGAAAUGAGGGACAACUCUGUACCUAGCUCAUGGAGAGAUUCCACAAGAAACUAUAUCCAAAAAUGUGGCUCAAGUACUGUGAAACAAAAGCCUGUCCUAACCAGUAAUCAAAAGAUCUAUAGAAACAACAAAAAUGAUAGAGUCUUGCAGCAGAGCACCGAGCUGACCCCAUUUGUAGGAAGUCAGGCAGAGCCAGAGUCCAAAAUAUGGACUGACCAUCAGAACAAUGUGCUUCAUACACAUAAUAAUAUCUGCAUGGGGGUGGACGUUCACGAAUGGGAUCCAGUUGGAAAAGCCUUUGGUGAAGACAUUUCCCUUAGGGUAUACAAGCCUCCCAUUAAAGGGAAGACUUACGAGUCUAAUCCGUGUGACAUCACCUUCCGAAAUAGCUCGACCCAUGAUGUGCACAGGCAAUCCUAUACGGCAGAGGCAAAUCAUGAGAAGAAUCAAGGUGAGAAAACCUUAGCCCACAUGGCAAAUUCUGACUCACACAGGAAGACGAAGACUAGAGGGGGAAAAUAUAAAUGUCAAGACUGUAGGAAAAGUUACGUGUAUCUGUCAUUCCUUAUGAGACAUAUGGAAAUUCACACCGGAGAGAAACCCUAUGAAUGCAAGACCUGUGGGAAAGCCUUUAGAUAUUCCUUACACCUUAAUAAACAUUUAAAAAAGCACAUUAUGAAGAAGCCCUAUAAAUGUGAGGAAUGUGGGAAAGACUUCACCAAGUCUUCCAGAUUUAAAAAUGUCAGAACUCACACUGCGGAGACUCCUCAUGGGAGUAAGGAAUGUGGGAAAGACCUCUUUAAACACUCACCCCUUACGUUACACGAGAGACCAUGUGCUGGAGAGAUACUGUGA